AUGAAAUAAAAUGACUACAAUAAAACUCCAUAAUUUAGCUUGGAUACAACUUUUAACGAAUAAUAAACAGAGCUAAAAAAACUAAAUCCUUCUUCCUCUUAAAAUAAUAAUAGAAAUAAUAAUCCUAAUAAUCCAAAAUUAAAACGAAAAUAGCAAAUUUCCUACUCUUAAAAUGAAGAAUUUGAAUAAAUAUAAAAAAAUAUAAAGAUACAACAAUAUAAAUCUUUCAAUUCUAUGAAAUAAAAUGACUAAAAUAAAACUCCAUAAUUUAGCUUGGAUACAAAUUUUAAUGAAUAAUAAAUAGAGCUAAAAAAACUAAAUCCUUCUUCCUCUUAAAAUAAUAGUAAUAAUAAUCCUAAUAAUCCAAAAUUAAAACGAAAAUAGCAAAUUUCUUACUCUUAAAAUGAAGAAUUUGAAUAAAUUGAAAAAUAGACAAAGAUAGAAGAAGAAUAUGAAUCUUUCAAUUCAAACAUGAAUUAAAAUUACUGCAAUAAAACUCCAUAAUUUAACAUGGAUUCAACUAUUAAAGAAUAAUAAAUAAUGUUAAAGAAAAUAAAUUCUUCUUCUUAUUAAAAUUGCAAUAAUAGUCUUAGUAAUCCAAAAUUAAAACGAAAAUAACAAAUUACUUACUCUUAAAAUGAAGAGUUAGAAUAAAUAUAAAAAAAGACAAAGACAGAAGAAUAAAAGGAAUUUUUUAAUUCUAUGAAAUAAAAUAUCUAUUAGUCAUCUUAAUUGUAUACAUUUGAGGGAUAUAGCAAAUCAUUUGACUUGGAUAUAAUCUCACCAAAAUAGGAUGAACCUAAAUAUACAAUAAUUAAUUAUAUCAUGAAUAUUAAACAAUUUGAUAUUAAUGGAGACAAUAAAUUUGCUUAAUCAAUAUGCUAAAAAAAGAUUAUUCCUCACUAUAUAAUGACAGAUAAAGGAAUCCUUUAAUUCAAUUCUUCAGAUUUUUAUAAUGUCAGUCGAUUUGAAAACUAUGAGAAAUGA